UCAUUAUUGGAAAAUGGUUCGAUUGCAUUGUUUGGACCAUUGAAUGGAAAGCUAUAUCAUCAUGUACAAUCAAUAUUGGAUUCAUUAGAAAUACCACAUCUGGAAUGUCAUUGGAAUACAAUGAAACAAACAAAUAAUAAUCAAUUAUCGGUGAAUAUUUAUCCAAAACAUGAUUAUUUAAGUUUGGCAUUUAUUGAUAUUGUUAAAUCAUGGAAAUGGAAAUCAUUUGUUAUUGUUUAUGAAGCUAAUGAAGGUCUAAUGCGUGUACAAGAAUUUCUAAAAGAAGCAGAAAAAAAUGAAUGGAAUAUACGAUUAUAUCAGGUACAGAAUCGUAUGUAUCGUGAUAUAUUCUGGGAAAUUAAACAAAAUAAAAUCAAUAAUUUAUUAUUGGAUUUGGAUCGUGAUAAUAUAUUUUUGGCGCUCAAACAUGCACAACAAGUUGGAAUGAUGACCGAAAAUCAAAAUUAUCUUAUUACAACAUUGGAUCUUCAUACAAUUAAUAUGGAAAAUUUUCAAUAUGCUAAAACAAAAAUUACUUCACUUAGUUUAAUUGAUUUUUCAUCAAAUGAGCUUCAUGAUGUGAUUAGCCAUUUACGACGUCGUUUACGUACAAUGACAUUAUCAUCAUCAUCAUCAUCAUUAACAACUGUAUCAACGAUAUCAUCAUCAUCAUCAUCAUCAUCAUCUGUAUCAACAUUUCCCGAUCCACCCAUAAGACUUGCCAAUACAAUUCUGACAGAAUCAGCAUUAAUAUAUGAUUCAAUAAGAUUAUUUGCAACAGCAUUAAAAGAUUUAGAUCAAAGUCAAUCAAUUUCUAUGCCAACAACAUCAUGUACAAAUAUGAAUCCAUGGUUAUAUGGUACAUCAUUAAUGAAUUAUAUGCGACCGAUUUCAUUUCAAGGAAUAACCGGACUAGUUGGUUUCGAUCAACAAGGAAAACGUAGCCAUUUUCGCUUGGAUUUAAUGACUGUAACACGACAAGGUUUUCAAACUGUUGGUUCAUGGGAUCCAAAUGAAUUGGCAUAUAAACGUUUAAAAAUAAAACCCGAAUGGCAAUCAACAUUUCAAAUUGGAACAUUAGAAAAUAAAACAUUACGUGUAACAACAAUAUUAAAUGAUCCAUAUUGUAUGUAUACAGAAUCAUCGGAAACAAAAAUUGGUAAUGAACGUUUUGAAGGUUAUAUUAUUGAUCUUGUUGAAGAAUUAUCCAAAAUUCUUGGUUUCAAAUAUAUAUUUAAACUUGUUGAUGAUGGUGUUUAUGGUACAAAUGAAAAUGGUGAAUGGAAUGGUCUUAUUGGUGAAGUAAUUAAGAAAAAAGCUGAUAUUGCUGUUGUUGAUUUAACAAUUACAUCGAAACGUGCCGAAGCUGUUGAUUUUACAUUGCCUUUUAUGAAUACAGGAAUCAGUAUAUUGUUUAAAAAACCAACCACCAAAGUGACCACAUUAUUUUCAUUUUUAUCACCAUUAUCAAGUACUGUUUGGUGUUAUGUAUUAGCUGCUUAUGUUGGUGUAUCGACUGUAUUAUUUUUUGUUGGUCGUAUGUCACCAUAUGAAUGGGAAAAUCCAAAUCCAUGUCGUCAAAAUGAUGGUGUACUUGAAAAUAAUUUUUCACAGCUCAAUAGUUUUUUCUUUACAAUUGGUUCAUUAAUGCAACAAGGAUCGGAUCUAGCUCCUAAAGCCAUGUCUACACGUACAAUUGCUGGUCUUUGGUAUUUUUUUACAUUAAUCAUGAUAUCAUCAUAUACAGCUAAUUUAGCUGCAUUUUUAACUGUUGAAAAAGUUAUUUAUCCAAUCAAAGAUGCUGAAGAUUUAUCUAAACAAACAACAAUUGAAUAUGGUUGUUUAAAUAGUGGUUCAACAAAAGCAUUUUUUCGUGAAUCAAAUCUAUCAACAUUUAAACGAAUGUUUGAAUUUAUGAAAUCACGUCCACAUGUUUUUAUGGCUAAAAAUGAAGAUGGACGUAAACGUGUUGAAAGAGGAAAUUAUGCCUAUCUAAUGGAAUCAGCUAGUAUUGAAUAUAUAAUUGAAAGAAAUUGUAAUCUAACACAGAUUGGUGGACUACUUGAUACAAAAGGUUAUGGUAUUGCAACAAGAAAACGAUCAAAAUAUCGUAAUCUAUUAUCAGAAGCUAUUCUAAAAUUACAAGAAUCAGGACGUUUAUUAGAAUUAAAAGAAAAAUGGUGGAAACAGAAAAAAGGUGGUGGACAAUGUAUUGAUGAUGCAAAAAAAUCAUCAUCAUCAGUAACGGCAUUAAAAAUGGAUAAUGUUGGCGGUGUAUUUGUUGUAUUGAUUGGUGGUUUAGCAUUAGCAUUUUGUGUUGCACUUUGUGAAUUUUGGUUUCAUACAAAAACACCACAUAAAGCAUGUGAUGUUGUUUGUGAAGAAUUAUCAAAAGAUUUAAAAUUUGCAAUGAUGUGUCAAAGUAAAACAAAGCCUUAUCGUUAUCCAUCACCAAGAUCACGAUCAAUAUCAUCAACUGAAUCAUUUAAUACAGUAUUAUCACCAAAUAUUAUUAAUGGUAAUAUUAGUUUUCAAACAAAUAAUAUUAUUGAUGAUGGUAAUAAUUUGAAAAUUCAUAAUAAAAUGAUUGGAUGUUCAUCAUUAAAUUCUAAUGAUGAUGAUGAUGAUGAUAAUGGUGGUGGUGGUGGUAUUAUUACAAAUUCAUUAGGGCAAAUGCAUCAUUCAAUUUCACAGUAUUCAAAUUGUCAGAUUCUUUCAACAACAACAACAACACCAGCAGUAAUAACAGCAGCAACAGCGGCAACAAUCAGUCAACCAUCAUUACAAAAUCAACGACAACAACAAUCAUCAUCAUCAUCAAAUGAAUUACAGACACCGACAACAUCGAUACAAUAUUUACCACCACCACCACCAUCAUCAUUAUCUACAACAAAUGGAGCGACAAUAACAUUGACCGAACAAAUCGAGCUUGAAAUGGAACAACAACAAAGACGACGAUUAAUUCUGUAAGGGAAA